UUCCCCAUCCCACAGUCCCUGAGUCUCUGCUGUCUUUACUUUCUUUCUGAAAAGCCUGACAGGGUUCUUCUGCCUUAUGUAUGGUGACUGGAUGGUUUGGCAUGGGCUGUCAGCCUUGUGUGCAAUUUGAUGUCCACUGAUUACUGUUCUGGAAUACAGCAUCAUUUGGGGACACAGUUGUGGUUUACCUUGGCUUCUUAAUUUUCCCCCAGGGACCUGCUACUGAGAUGGGUUGUAGGGAAGAGGAGGAAGGGUUUGCCCCAGUCCUGUGAUGUUUCUGGGUUUCCCCCAACAGGAAAGCUUCCAGCUAUGAGGUGGUCUAGAGGGUAGAGGAGAAUAGAGGAUGCCCCUGACUUUACUCAGAUUUUUGGUUACAACUUCUAGGACUAUAGUCCUGCCUGUCCUCCAGGAUGCUCCGGACCUUAUAUGACUAUUUCUGGUGGGAACGGCUAUGGCUGCCUGUGAACUUAACCUGGGCUGACCUAGAAGACCGAGAUGGACGUGUCUAUGCCAAAGCCUCAGACCUUUAUAUCACACUGCCCCUGGCCUUGCUUUUCCUCAUCAUCCGAUACUUCUUUGAGCUUUAUGUCGCUACACCACUGGCUGCCCUCCUGAACGUAAAGGAGAAAACUCGGCUGCGGGCACCUCCCAACGCCACCUUGGAACAUUUCUACCUGACCAGCGGCAAACAGCCGAAGCAGGUAGAGGUAGAACUUUUGUCUCGGCAGAGUGGCCUCUCUGGCCGCCAAGUAGAGCGCUGGUUCCGCCGCCGGCGCAACCAAGAUCGGCCCAGUCUCCUCAAGAAGUUCCGAGAAGCCAGCUGGAGAUUCACAUUUUACCUGAUUGCCUUCAUUGCUGGCAUGGCUGUCAUUGUGGACAAACCCUGGUUUUACGACAUGAAGAAAGUCUGGGAGGGAUAUCCCGUACAGAGCACUGUCCCUUCCCAGUAUUGGUACUACAUGAUUGAACUUUCUUUCUACUGGUCCCUGCUCUUCAGCAUUGCCUCUGAUGUCAAGCGGAAGGAUUUCAAGGAACAAAUCAUCCACCAUGUGGCCACCAUCAUCCUCAUCAGCUUCUCCUGGUUUGCCAAUUACAUCCGAGCAGGAACUCUUAUCAUGGCUCUGCAUGACUCUUCUGACUACUUGCUAGAGUCAGCCAAGAUGUUUAACUACGCGGGAUGGAAAAACACCUGCAACAACAUCUUCAUUGUUUUCGCCAUUGUCUUCAUCAUUACCCGACUGGUCAUCCUGCCCUUCUGGAUCCUGCAUUGCACUCUGGUGUACCCACUGGAGCUCUACCCUGCCUUCUUUGGCUACUACUUCUUCAACUCUAUGAUGGGAGUGCUACAGCUGCUGCAUAUCUUCUGGGCCUACCUCAUUUUGCGCAUGGCCCACAAGUUCAUAACUGGAAAGCUGGUAGAAGAUGAACGCAGUGACCGGGAAGAAACAGAAAGCUCAGAGGGGGAGGAGGCUGCAACUGGGGGAGGAGCAAAGAACCGGCCUCUUGCCAAUGGCCAUCCCAUCCUUAAUAACAACCACCGUAAAAAUGACUGAACCUGCUUGUCCCAGAUGCCUUCCAGAUUAGUGCAUAAAGUCAAGGAACUACUACACUCUCCCUACAGGGUCACUUCAAGCUCUGGGGAGAACUUCAAGCUCUGGGGAGAAAGAAGAGAGAAGAGAGUUCUUUGUGCCCUCCCUCCUUGCUUCUGUGUCACCCAGUUGCCUUUAAACCAAAUUCUAACCAGCCUAUUUACCCCCAGGUAGAGGGGAGGUUGGUUAUAUCCUUUGUCAGUGGGGGGAUAGUCUUAUUUUCCUCUCUAUCCUCCCAAGUUAUCCUUUCUAUUGCUUUUGAGACCCUUCCUCAGCUCCGGGGGUUGGGGUUACAACUCACAUUCCUUAUUCUUAUAAUUUGGCCCUAGCUGUCUGCCUUUGACUCCCUGACCUCCAGAGGCAGGGUUGUGCCUUAUUGCCCCACCUGAGGGCUUCGUCAUUCUGCCAAAGCUGGACCAAGGCUCACCUUUCUAAGCUCCCUAACUCAGGUCAGAAGCCAAAGCUGAGCUGAUUUUUAACUUCUUCCCUUUUAGACACAAAAGAAUUGAGUGUAGGAGGGUGUACGUGACCCUUACCCUACCUCUGCUAAAAGUGGGGGCUGUACUGGGGACUACUCAGAUGAUCUUUGUGUUAUUUCUCUGCCAGCUGUCUCUGUAACCACAGGUCUGAGAUCUGACUGCCUCCUUUCUCUGGCCUCUUCCACUAGGCUAGCUGGUUUGGAGUAGAAUGGCAACUAAUUCUAAUUUUUAUUUAUUAAAUGUAUGGGGUUUUGGUUUUAAACUUUAAGCCAGAACUACAGCUAGCACCUAGCAUUUCAGCAGAGGGACCAUUUCAGACCACAAUGUACUGUUAAUGUUUUUUUUUUUAACUAAAAUAUAUUAAAGAUUAAAUAAAAUGUGGCAAUAAAUGUCAAGGCUAUUAGGAAUUGAAAAGGGGGGGAUCAACUAAAUAAACUACAAUAAUCUUU